AUGCCUAUCUCAACAUGCGAGGACUCUACUCCUCAAGAUUCUACAUUACAUUUACCUCGCAUACUCUGCCUUCAUGGCGGUGGUACAAACGGUCGCAUCUUCAAUGCUCAGUGUCGUGCCAUCAAGGAGCAACUGUCAAACGACUUUCGCCUCGUCUUCGCUGAAGCAGCAUUCCCGUCGCACGCAGGACCAGAUGUGCUCUCCGUAUACAAGGACUGGGGCCCUUUCAAGCGCUGGUUAAGAUGGCUACCAAGUCAACCUAACCCUGGGCCUCAAGCUAUUGUCGACGCACUCGAUCAGUCUCUUUACAAUGCCAUGUUGUUGGAUGACAUGCGUGGAGCGACUGGAGAAUGGGUUGCACUGCUUGGUUUCAGCCAAGGUGCCAAAGUCUCUGCUAGCUUGCUCUACCGUCAGCAGUUGGAAGAGGAAAUAUAUGGCAUUGGCAAUGCAUCUACAAGAUUCCGGUUUGGGAUACUCUUUGCUGGCCGGGCGCCUCUCGUGUGCCUGGACCCUGAUGCUGAGACAGAUCCAAGUCUUCCAGAUGCGUCUCAAAUCACUGAUGUCAAGGGAUACAAGCGGCCUGCCUUGCCUCAUGGCGAGAAUAUGUUGAAGAUACCAACCGUACAUGUUCACGGGACAAAUGAUCCGGGGUUGGAUCUCCAUCAACAACUGUUUGAGGAGUUUUGUGAACCUCAGAGCAGAAGACUCGUCGUUUGGGACGGAGAUCACAGAUUGCCGUUGAAAAGGAAUGACGUUGCUAAAGUGGUUCGUGAAAUCCGCGAACUGGGCCAAAUGACUGUGUUAUGA